AAGGACGGCAUCACAACAAGCUGCCAGGAUGAUGAAAACAAAAAUUUCAAGUAGCAAAAUUAAGCUAAUAAAUCAUGUGUGAAAGGAAGCCACAGUGAGAAAAUGGCUUCUCACAAGUCAAAGACCGGCACAGAGAUAAAUGUAACAAAGGAAUCCAGUCCAGUGGAUGAAUAUGUUACACCUGGGGGCUAUGAGCUGGAGAAAAUCCUUAACCGUGGGAGUGUGGCUUACACUCAUGUCAACGAGGUCUGGCCAAAUGUCUACAUCGGGGACGAGGAAACUGCAAAGGACAAGUAUAAUCUGAAGAAGUUGGGGAUUACCCACAUCCUGAAUGCAGCAGAGGGAACGUGGAACAACGUGGACACUGGAGCUGGUUACUACACUGGCAUGGACAUCGUCUACUAUGGCGUCGUAGCAGAAGAUAUCACUACAUUUGACCUCAGCCAGUAUUUCUUCUCUGCUGCUCAGUUUAUAGAAGCAACACUGAGCAAUCCUCAGAAUAAACUGCUGGUGCACUGUGUCAUGGGAAGAAGCCGUUCUGCCACACUUUUCCUUGCCUACCUCAUGAUCUGCAAUAACAUGACGGUGGUUGACGCCAUCGAGCAUGUGAAAAAACGCAGAAGGAUCGUCCCCAACUGGGGCUUCCUGAAACAGUUGAGAGAGCUGGACAUGCAUCUGCUGGAAAAAAGGGAAGACUUUACAGAGAAGAGCUGAUUUUAAGAGCUUGUCAGGAGAAGCCUCGGAUUGAAGUUUGGUUUCAGUAUGGUUUCAGAGACAAGUUUCAUUCUAGGGCAACAAAGUCUAGUAAUUUAUACAAGUCUAAAUAGGGUCAAACAGUAAAGCGAGUUAAAGUGGCGUCUCACUUCUAUAUGAUUCAAUUUGAAAGUCAUUUUUGGCAAGCCCAAGUUCUGUCACAAGUCUUUUGGGACAAGUUCUUGUGUAAGUACCAUUCCCAUCUGACCUUUUCCAAUACAAGUUGUACAAUUCAAGAUAUUAGUCACUUUAGACAAGUCAUAUUUGAGUCACAGGUCAAUUGAGAACAGUUUAGAUCAGAAGACAUUUGAGUCAAGUACAAACCAGUCACAAGUCAUCCAAGUUUCUGUUAAGUAUCAGAGAAUAUUUCAAACCAAAUAUCAAGGAAUUGAGAAUGGUCUAAAUUCAUCUCAUGUCAUUGAAGUUUCACAGUCAUUUGAGAUAAAACCAGUUUAGGUCUGAAGCACUUUGAGACAAGUCAAAGUCACACCUUUAGUCAUUUGAGAAAAUUUUAAGACAAACAAAAGUCAUUUUAUUUUAGACAAGUUCCUGUACAGUAAAUUUAGGGACUCAAGCCAUAUAGGUCAGGUCCAAGUCAAGUAUAAAUGUAUUAUGAGGCCUGGUCAAGUCUCAAGUGCCUGGUCCAUCACAGCAGGUUGUCAGCUAAAUUUCACAUCCUUGACAAGUCUGGAACAAUGUCAGGAGAACAUCAAGUCUCAAAUCCUUAAGUACAAGUUUGAGUUGUAUCACAAGUCUAAAUAUGCAGAUUAUGUCAAUACUCAAGUGUUUGAUUUUUCUGUAACAUUUGAUGUCGCGUUUGUGAAAAGUUUUGAAUGACUGAGAGAAGUCCAUGUUAUACAAAUGCCUAAUAACAAUAAUAAUCUAAAUUUGUUUCGUGAUUCAAGCCCCACCUUUCGUAUUUGAGUUGGAUUUUUCUGCCAAAAAUGUAGAAUGUUUUUGCCUUGUAAAUUCUAGCUGAA